AGCUUACCUUAAAUGAAACAGUCGUUUAGAGCACGUCGCAGAAAUUAAAAUGCUCCGCUUUAUAUUGUUCCUGUUACUACAUUAUUUAUUGUGGUUUCGCAUUAAGAACGUUUGCGGUGAAGAUCUAGAUUCAAGCACGAUUUAUAACUGCAAUUUUAAUGUGCAAAUAGAUGUCGUUAAAAAGUUCCUUGAAGAAUUGCAAGCUGCGCGUAAGCGAGAAGAUGAUAUUUUGGCACAAAUAACUCUCUGUCAAGCCAAACUGCAAUCGGUUCAGGAACAGCUGAGUGUUCGAAAAUCGGUGUUUUCAAACUGUUUGGAAGCAGCAGCUGAGAGCUUCAAAAGUGGUGUUUACAAUAUAACAUUGGAGAAGUUUAGUGUCACACCCUUUGCCGUAUACUGUAACGAAGAGGUGGACUAUGGUGGUUGGUUGGUUGUACAACGACGUGUCAGUGAUGCCGUGGACUUUUAUAGAGAUUGGCUGGAGUAUAAGAACGGUUUCGGGGUGCUGGAUGAAAAUUAUUGGAUUGGUUUGGAAAAACUACAUGCCCUCACCAGUAGUUGUCAGCAUGAGCUCUAUAUUGAAUUGCAGAAGUAUAGUGGUGAAAGUUAUUAUGCACGCUACUCGGAAUUUGUAGUCGGCGGUGAAUCGGAGGGCUAUCCUCUUAAAAUAUUGGGUACUUACGCAGGCACUGCUGGCGAUAGCUUGACACCUCACGUGGGUAUGAAAUUCACCACUCGUGAUCAGGAUAAUGACCUCGGUUCCGAAAAUUGUGCUGUUUAUUUCAAAGGCGCCUGGUGGUUUAAAAAGUGUUACCAUUGUCAUCUUAAUGGACGAUAUGGACAAAAGAGAGCUGGUGUCGUAUGGCACGACAUAUCUCUGAAUGAAUCUUUGAAAUCAGCGCAAAUGAUGAUACGCCCCACAGAGAAAUGCCUAAGGCGCUUGUCACUGAAGGCCAAUAAUUUCAUAAUUUUUGGAAACGGUUUUAAUUUUUAAUAAUUAUUUUUUUUAUUAAUGUCUUAGUAAAUUUUUACAUUAUGUAAGAACAAAAUAAUGUUUUCAAUUUAAUAACAGGGUGAAAUUUCAAAGUGAAAGAAAAGAUUUAUUUGCUUUUGUAA